CCGGCGGAACUUUUAGCCUGAACUUCAUGUUGUUUAGCAGUCGGUCUCCACUGUUUAACCUUUAUUUUCUCCACCGUUUAAUUGAGGCUACGUUUAAAGGAACACCUCUCACGUCUAUUUAUGAAGUCUUAACAGAAAAUCAGAGCGUGUUGUGACGUAGAGAGCUGUGUUAGCUUAGCAGGCUAACUUCUAACAGCUAGCUAUCUGUGUAGCUAAAGGCUAGCAGGAGAGACACCAGGAGACAAGCAUGUACUUCCCCCCCACCAAGCGCCUUCGGGGCCCGAACCAGGAUGCAGUGACGGCCUUCAACGACCCGUUUGGAGACGAUGACGACUUCACCCAGGACGACCUGAAUGAGAUCGACAUCAUUGCUUCGCAGGCCAUCACUGCGGCGACUGCACCUGGACUUGGGAUGAAACCAGGACCCAAACCGAUGGAGCAGGCCCGCGGGUCCACGUGGCCGCAGUCGGCGGGGCAGAACAAACCUGUGAGCAGAGCGACAACCAAUCAGAGCAGCGAGAACACGUUUGGGUUCAGCAGCAGAGGAAACGCUGGGAUACCAGGCAGAGAGCCUCUCGGUAACAGGCAGCAGCGGUUUGGGUCGGACAGAGAAGACUCAUACAGUCUGCUGGAAACUCAGCAUGCAGAUCUAAAGAGGAAGCUGAAGGAGGUGGAGGAGGAGAUCGUGUUGAAGAGCGGGGAGAUCCGAGUCCUGAGGGACUCCCUGAAAGGAGCUCAACAGGAGAAGGAGACCCAGAGGCAGAACCAGAUCCUACUGGAGACCCAGAAACAGAGAGAGCAGAGCGACCGGGAGAAGGAGCUCAACAGGAAGGUUCAGUCUUUGCAGUCAGAGCUGCAGUUUAAAGAAGCAGAGAUCAUUGAGAUGAAGACCAAACUUCACAGCUCAGACAAAACCAAGACGGCCUCCCCACUGCCGAGAAACAGUCCUAAAGUGCUUAGCUCUCUCGCCCAUUUGCAUCAUGGGAGCGGAAGCAGCUCCUCGUCUCCAACAGGAAAUGGCUUCAUCACCAAGGAGACGUUUGGAGCCCACGUCUCAUCCAGAACGACGCCGUUGAAGACUCGAAGAGACGCAGACAGAGGGGGGUCCAGCAGCAGAUCUGUCGACAGACAGGAAGUGUCUCACCCGGACCCCUUCCUGUCCGUCAGACCGGCACACCUGCAGCACAGAGGUGGCGUCCUGCUGGGGUUGUUGCUGCAGCAGCCUUUGUCUCCCAGCAGCCUCGGCCUGUCUCACCUUCUCUCUAUGAGUCUGACUGACGUCCACCUGACAGCAAGCGAGUCUGCAGGUUUUCUGCUCCACUCUGAUGCUGCUGUCAGUGUCGUUGGGGGUGAAGGUGGAGCUCCCAAAGCUUCUCUGAGUCCUCUCCAGAGUCUGGCUGUAACCGGACUCAACAUGCUGAGUCAGAACCGACCAGCAGCUGCAGCCGGCAGCGGCAGCAGCAGCAGCAGAAACAAAAGCUCGUGUCCCGGAGCUGUCCUCUUCCUCCCGCUGUUGGAGCUUCACCUGUCUCGACUCUGUCAGACUCUGGACUCCCUCCGCACCGUUUCUGCUGGCAGCAACGGUUCAAACUCUACCGCUGCACCUUCGCUCCCAGCAGGCAGUGCGGCUCGACCAGGGAGAAUGGAUGAGGCUGGUUUGACUGGUUUCAGCGUUGAGGACACUGGUUUGGCUGCUCUGAGGCUCCUCUACCUGUUGGUGGCCCACAGUGACGAGGUGGUGGAAGCUGUGUUGUCAAACGCGAGUCAGAGCAAAGUUACAGACAUAAAGAGUGAACACUCUGCUUCAGGUGUGAGUCUGUGCUCCCAGAAUGCCUUGCUGCAGUCAGUGUUGCGGCUGUGUGAAGCGGGGCUUGGUGGCGGCGACAACGUUGGUUUUCAGAAUGAGGAGCUUGUGCUCAAUGCCAUGAAGACUCUGUGCGUCCUUAUCGAGAGGACGCCACACACACACGCAGACAGGUUGCAGUGUGUGUUGCAAGUGGUGUGUGUGUGUUUGUCAGCAGACUGCAGGUUGCAGACGGUUUCGGGGAGUGUGUCUGUCCUCACGUCCAUGUCCGACCACCAGACCCUGGCUCAGCAGCUCUGCUCUCAGCACGACCCGUGUAUUUUCCUGAAGUUGUUCCAGUUCAUCAGAACCAGACCAGACAACCGAGCAACACACAGAGACUGGAUUCUGCUGGACCUGCAGGUGGUUCGUUUGCUGAGCAGACUGAUGACUCAGAGAGCAGAGAGCUGGACCCCCAGCCAGCACAGCAGCUGUCAGUGUUACUCUGAGGUGGUUCAGACAGUGGUGAUUGUUUUCCAUCGUCAGUGGUUGGAUCUUCGUGGUUCUCAGGAUCAGACGGACUCAACCGGCCCGGCCCCGCCCUCACAGGAGGGCCCCGCCCCCUCGUUGCCAUGGUGGCGAGGCCCGUCGGCGUCUCUGCUCAGAGAGUGUCUGCUGCUGCUGCACUGGCUGCUGCUGCAUCACGGCAGCUUCUCGGAGAACUGCCGGCCGCUGCUGCACAUGUAUGACCAGGUGAUCCCCGCUGUCCGAGACACGCUGAGGAAGAUCCCCGAGCUGAGCGAGAGCGAGGAACUGGCAUUGGAGGAGAUCUGCCGCUCGGAGGGAGACGACACUGAUGACAUGGACACUGAUACUGGCUCCUGAUUGGCUGCUGACACAGACUCCAGAAGUGACCAGUGGACAGACAAGAACGACAGUUGACUGACUGUUGAUUGGAUAUUUCAGGUUGAGACAAGGACAGAGAAAAGACUGAAGUGGAAGUUGGAGAGAAAUGAAGGAUUAGAGAAAAGUCAGAGGUUUGACUGAAGGGACGGAGUCACAGGAUUCUUUCUGCUGUCGGAUGUGAUUUAACAAUAAAACGUAAAGG